CCGCUGUUGUUGUGCUUGCUGUUGUCGACCUGCGCCCGUGUUGUCACUUAUGUCAGGCGAGUUCGAGUUAUUGGCAGGAGAAGGCUCCGGUGGACAUCGUUCAUGCUGCUGUUGUUGCUGUUGCCGCUGCAGCUGCAGCUGUUGCGGCUCACGCGAGACCGUCCGGAGCGGCGGCGUGACCGGUGAUGCCGUGGUCGAUUGUUGUCGCUGCCGCCGAGCUGCCCGUCGCGUGUUGAGACCAGGGUUGUGCGAAUUCGCAGCAUACACCGGUUUGUACGAUGGCCCAUUUCAAACUUGGCAUCGUCGUCCUCAUCAUCACUAGCCUCAUUUGGGUCGACAUAAGAACCGCUGUCCUCCAUGCCAAGCUCGCUGUCCUCAGUGCCAGCGUGCAAAGCAAGGGUGGAUUGCUGCACGAGCGAGACGUACACUGAUAUACAAGGAGGAACACCAACUGGCGCUGCCGGCAACGCAACCGCAAGCGCUACCAACAACGCCGCCCAGACAGGCAGGACAGAUCACGCGGCGCGUAGAGGCAUCCCCGAGAGCUCUCCUCGGUGACCUGUGUGGAUGCUACUUGUGUUCGUGUGUGGCGGGGAGGGGAGGCGGGCGCUCGCUGGCUUGCUGUGCUAUACAACUCCUUGCGUGUGGGUUCGGGGAUUGAUUCCCAGCCUCCCCUCUACGACGAGACCGUCUGUUCGAGGCUUUCAAGAAAAAAAAAAGAAGGGGCCGAAAUCGACCUAGUGAGUCCCUCGUGGGCGAACCAGGACACAACAGAUAGUAGGCGGGUGGUGUCCCAAGGUGCAACUCACCGCCGCGCUGGCUCAGCGUGGCGGUGAGGAUGCACAGACGGUGGUAGUGGCGAGAGGGGUGUAUGGACACUGUUCCCGCGGCAGUAAUGCAUAGCGGCAAACUGCACCUGGCAACCACCGUCGCGGAAAGCUUGGCCCACGAAGCUGGAGGAGUAGAGAGAUUCGUAAACACCACGUCAGUAAGCACCGCUCGCGGGAGAAGGGAGACGACCGCGGGCACCGCGGGGAGGGAGUGCUGCACCCUCCUCGUCAAAACACCACAGGCAAGAACCGAGCUCUGCAGAGAUGGAUUGAUGCGAGGAAAUUCGCCGCUCGGAAAAUACGGAAGAAAGCACACCCGCAACGCGAGGUGGACCGAGAGAGACACGAGACCGCAGCGGCCGUCAAGGCAGCUGCGAAGAAGAAGGCACGAGAGGGCGACCUAUCGUUCGGCACGUUCAACGUACGCACGCUCGCCUACAGCGAUUUGUUCCGCGACCGGCUGUGAUGUGAUAGGACUUCAGGAGACCCGACGAGAGGGGCAAGGUUCAAUUGCACACGACGGGUACGUGAUCAUCUGGAGUGGCGCCCGUGCUGGCACCAAGGACAAGAGGGGCGUACACGGUGUGGGCAUAGCGAUCAAGGAGGCCAUGUGGGAGAGUGUGGGCGAGGAAGGUAGGACGGUGGAGUGCAUUAGCCCGAGGCUGAUGAAGGUGCGUCUGCAAAUUGGCCGCACCUGCGGAGUAACUUUCGUGGUGGGGUACGCCCCUACGGAAACUGCCCGCAACACCGCGGGCGGUGAUGUCAAUGCCAAGGACUCCUUCUGGACUGCUCUCGACGCAGAGAUCCGGGAGGUCCAUAGCCGUGACCAUCUCGUGGUACUAAUGGACGCCAACGCACGUACUGGCAGGAGGCGAGACGGAUGCUGCGAUGCCAAGAUUAUGGGCGCGUACGGACGCGACAUUAUGAACAACAACGGGGAACGACUCCUUGGACUGGCGUCAGACAACCAACUCUCCCUGACCAACACCUACUUCCGGACACCGAAAGGUGGAGUGCAGCACACAUUCCAGAGCUCCAACAAGGGAAAGGAGAAGUACCGCCUCGACUUCAUCCUCAUGCGUCAGGCGGACCGGCGUUUCGUGCGCAAUGUCUCCGUCAAACGUGUCGACUUCAAAGACUCUGACCACAACCUCGUGCUUACGACUGUCCGCCUCCCCCCCCGUGUCGCACCCAACCGACGAGUGCGGGGGAACAGCGGAAGCAGCCGGAUCCGUAUCGACCUCGAACGGUUGAGGAAGGAUGUGCACCUACGGGCCGUCUUCCAAGACAGGGCUCUCAACCGCCCUCCGCCCACGGCCCUCAGCAGGCCAACGGGAGAGACCGCCGCCGAGCUCACCGCUGUGGUGAUGUCGGCCGCUGCGGAGAUCGCGCCGCUGGCGAGGAGCGCACGAGGGAAGGGAGGAUGGUACACGAGCGAAGCGCAGCACGAGAUUUCCGAAGCGUCUAGGGAGAUAAGAGUGGCCCAACAGCAGCUGCGCGGGGCCUCAAAGAACAGCGACUUAGAGACGACCCUGAAGGCGAAGCUCAAGGCGGCGCGGAAGAAACGCAGCAGCGCGAGGUGGAGAGCACUGGAAAAGUUCUUCGAGGGCUAUGUGAGGCAGCUCGAGAAGAAGAGCCGUGAGGGGGACCAGGCGGGUUUCUACAGGCACCUGAAGAUGAUCGACGUCGAAGGUAAGAGGCCACUUACCUCCCAGAACAUCAAGGACGAGGACGGUAAGGUCCUUCGGGACCCCACGCUUACCCGCCAGCGGUGGGCGCGGUGGUUCCACAAGCUCCUUAACACCAAGUCGCCGACCAUCGACCUGCAUGCGGCUGACAAGGUCAAGCGGUGGCCCACGUGCGUGCCACUCGACGACAUCCCAUCUCUACUUGAGGUUGAGGAAGCGGUACGGGAAAUGGCCAACAGAAAGGCCGUCGGGCCGGACGACCUACCGGCUGAGCUGAUCAAGCUUUUCCUGGACGGAGAUCAAGGUCUCCUCCGCGAAUUCCACGCCAUUGUCGUGGACGUGUGGCAGACGGGGGACGUACCACAGCAGUGGAAGGAUGCCACCAUCAAAGUGCUGUUCAAGAAGGGGGACACGAUGGAGUGCGGCAACUACCGGGGCAUCUCUCUCGUUGCACACGCCGGCAAGGUGCUGCUUAAGGUCGUUGCAACACGCCUAAGCCACUACUGCGAGCGAGAGGGCAUCCUCCCGGAGGAGCAGAGCGGUUUCCGCCCACACCGGUCGACGCUCGACAUGCUGUUCGCCAUCCAGCGGCUCCAUGAGCUCGCGAGGAAGAAGAGUACUGCGGUGUUCGCGUGCUUCGUCGACCUCACCAAGGCAUACGAUUCGGUGGACCGAGACCUACUGUGGGACGUGCUCCGACGCUUCGGCGUGCCCCCGAAGAUGCUGGCGGUCAUUCGCCACUUCCACGAGGGCAUGAGGGCGCGGGUUCGAACGGACGACGGGCAGUACUCGGAAUGGUUUGACGUCGGCCAAGGUCUCCGACAGGGGUGCAACCUGGCCCCGCUGCUGUUCAACUUGUUCUUUGCCGCGAUGCUCAUGGUCGCCGUGGCCGAGUUCGACAAGGACCCCAAGGUGACGGCGGACAUGGUCAAGAUCGGGACACAAGUGGAGUACACGGGCAAGAAGGGCAGGUCGGCGGGGAGGAAGACGACGGUGGUGACGGACGCGGAGGCCUUGUGGGCCAUGCUCUACGCUGACGACGCGGCCAUCGUCUCGCGCUCGCCGGAGAGUCUCGAGAAGAUGAUGUCGGUCAUCGUGCGCGUGGCCGGCCUGUUCGGACUGAUGGUAUCGGAGCCAAAGACGGAGAUCAUGUGCAUGCUGCCGAAAGGGAUCGAGGAACGCCCGUUCACGGUCAGCGCCGCCGGCCAGACGUACAAGCAGACAGAUCGGUUUGUGUACCUCGGACGUACCAUCUCCGCGGACGGGAAGGCCGACCGGGAGAUCACGAGCCGCAGCUGCCGAGCGUGGAAGUGCUACCGCCGGAACAGUGCUUCGAUGUACGACAGGCGACGGGCCGACCGCCAGCUCAAGAUCCGGCUUCUCCAGGCUGAAGUGGUGGAGACUCUCCUGUAUGGGUGCGCCUCGUGGAGCCUAACAGCGGAGCACUACACGAAGCUCAAUGGGACCCACCGCCAGUUCCUCACACGGUGCAUCGGCUGGAGCAAGCGGAAACGCUCAGACCGCCACCUGUCCUAUGCCCAGGCCCUCAUCCAGGCAGGCUGCGAGGAAACCAUCGAGGCCACCGUGCGCAAACGGAGACUGUGUUUCGCGGGCUUUGUUAUGCGCAUGGAGGACAGCCGCCUCCCCAAGCGCAUGCUGUUAGGAGCGAUGGCGGGGGGCGUGGGAUACCGGGGCGGGCAGGAGAGCGACUGGGUGUCUCGUCUAGGAGAGGACCUCGUGGCCUUCAACAUGGGAGACGAAAAGGAAGGGGGGAAAUGGAAAGAGAGCGCCAAGGACUCGGAGGUGUGGUACAACAAGGUCGAGGACGGGGCGGCAUGGUUCAUGAGGAAAUGGCACAGGCAGGAGGCGGAAGCGUCCGCGAAGCGCCAGCGCGCGAGGGAAGCAGAAGCAGAGAGUACGACCAUCUCAGGACCGAAGAGAAAGAGAACCGGCGAAGCGGCGGUGGGGGGGAAGAAACGGCGACCGGGCACUGCUGUAGAAGCGAGUAGGGCGGCCGAGGCAGCGCUUGUGGCGAACUAUGUACCCGGCUGAUGUUGUUGCGCCCUGUUUCCCUCCCUGCCGUAUGCUAUACUCCUUUAUGUAUGUCCUUUUUAUUGCCUUCGGCCUCUGUGCUGUGUUUCUUUUUUCAUGACCUCCCUGCCUACGCUGCUGUGUUGGGUACCUUGAGCACGCUUUGCUGUUGCCUUUGUUUUUGUACGUCUGGCUGUCUGCCCAUCUGCCGCCUCUUUGCCCUGUUUGCUCCGUUACUCCCAUGCCCUGGUGCGCAGUGCCUGAUGCUGGUACGUUACCCCUUGAUUUUUUCUUUCGGCGGGGGUGGGAAGCGGCCUCCUUUAUUUUUCUGUUAUUUUUGUUUUGUUUUAUUUUGAUCGGUGUCCGAGGGCUCUUUUCUCGAACGGUCGGUGCGAUACCUGUUCUUUUCAUUCUAUCAUUUUGUUUUCUUUUCCCGAGUGGUUUGUACCCUAUUUUUUUUUUUUUCUCGCGGCGUCGCAUGUGCCGGGUUUUGAGACCACCCCAUUUUUUGUGGACUAUAGAGCUAAUGUGAGAAACAACAACAACACGUAGCCUUUCGCUCACGCUAUGGAUUCAUUGCUAAUCUAUCUUAGACUUACUUCUAUAGAUAGAGAUGGAUUUGUUGUGUGAUAGUAAGAAGAAAAAAAAAUAGCAAUCUCCGUUCUCUCCGUUCGUAACCAGUUCACACGUGUUCGCGCCCAUAGGAGAGCAAAAAAAAGUACAGACAAAAAAUAACGCCGCGGGUUUCAGCGGGGCAAACAGACAAUAUCCCCCCACGUUGGCGCCCCCAGGGUCACCACUGCUACUACCUUGUCACCAGCCCAGGGCUCCACACCAACACCUCGGAUCGGCACGAAACUUGGCGGGAACUUCGAUCAAGUUGUGUAAUACACCGGUGAGAGGUUCAUUGGUUUGAUAAUGUCGGCAAAGUGGAGAAAGAAAGGUGUAUAUGGCUUGAGGGCACAAGAGGAAAGUUUCGGACCACGGUGACACCGGGUUUGCCAGGCAACUUUCAGCAAAUAAAUUUGGUUACCAUCAAAACGUGCUCUGCAGCAGCGUUGAACUGGCAGCUGACCGAGUCCAUAGAUGUAGAUUGAAUAAAAGAUGUGCACUAAUUGGGAUCAGCACUACAGCGCGCGAAAUCGGUGUAGCAGAUGUGCCUCCAAAAACGCGGCGGAACUUGCCAGAACACGGGUUGG